CUUCAGGCUCCCCUCCCCCCGCCCCCCACCCGCAUGCUGCCUCAGCCCUGUCAGGUGCAAAAGGAAAUGACAGCAAAGAGGAAAUAAGUUUGCAGCGCCCAUGGGGAGCGCACUGGACUGAGGUGUUGGCAAGGGACGAAUGCACGGCUGUGCCACUUGGGCACUGCUCCAUUGGGAAUGGCCCCAGCACAGUGCACAAGCUAAGAGGAUUGGGCACAUUGAAGGGUGCUGGACUUGUGGGCAUGGCGUCCGGCCCCAUGUCCUCCGCCGACUCCUCCAGCCUCAGUACCCUGGAGGAGCUGUCCGACGCCUUCGAUUCAGCCCUGGGGUGCCAUGAUGACUCUAGCUCGCUGGGCUCCGACUCUGAGUUGAACGGGGCUGCCCCCUAUCGCCAGACCGACCGCUAUGGCUUCCUCGGGGCCAGUGGCACCCAGGAUGGCCUGGGCCAGCCCCCAGUAGAGCUCAUCCGGCACCGGGAAGCCAGAUGGCUGGAGAUGACAUCGCUCUGGGAGAAGGCCAUGGCCAGGAGGUACAAGAAGGUGAAGGUUCUGUGCCGUAAAGGGAUCCCCUCAUCCAUGCGCGCCCGCUGCUGGCCCCUGCUGUGUGGAGGGCAGACCAGCAUGGACCGCAACCAUGGCAAGUACAAGGAACUGGAACAGUCACCUGGCGACCCGCAGUGGUUGGAGACCAUUGAGAAGGACAUCCACCGCCAGUUCCCCUUCCACGAGAUGUUCCUGUCGCCUGAAGGACACGGGCAGCGAGGGCUCAUGCAGCUCCUGAAGGCCUACACCGUGUAUCGGCCCCGCGAGGGCUACUGCCAGGCCCAGGGCCCUGUGGCUGCAGUGCUGCUCAUGCACAUGCCUGCUGAGCAAGCCUUCUGGUGCCUGGUGCAGAUCAGUGAGCGGUACCUGCCUGGUUACUACAGCCCCGAGAUGGAGGCAGUGCUGCUGGAUGGUGAGGUCUUCGUGGCGCUGCUGCGGCGCGUCUGCCCCAAGGCCUACAAGCACCUGCAGAAGCACAGUGUGGGGCCGCUGCUCUACGUCACUGAGUGGUUCCUGUGCCUCUACAGCCGCACCCUGCCUUUCCCCACCGUGCUGCGCAUCUGGGAUGCCUUCCUCAGCGAGGGGGUGAAGGUGCUGUUCCGGGUGGGGCUGGUGCUGGUGCGCCUGGCGCUGGGCUCCUCGGAGAAUCUGCGGGACUGCACAGGCGUGGUGGAAACACUGGAAAAGCUGCGCAGCAUCCCAGCCCGCCUGCUGCAGGAGGACACGUUCAUGGCCGAGGUUCACAACGUGGCCGUCUCGGACCGCGACGUGGAGCGUGAGUGCCGGAUCCAGCUAGCCAAGCUGCGCAAGGUCCGGCCUGAUUUCAGGUACCGCCCAGAGCAGCGCCUGCCCAACGCCAAAGCCGUCUUCGACGCCCAGCAGCUGGAGGAUGCACAGCAACCCAGGAAAGGCAGGCACCCAGCAUCCGCUUUCUCUAUCCCCGAGAUUGUGGUGGACCCCCCCCCACCAGCCACCAAGGAGCAGCGCCGGCUGGAGAAGGAGCGGCGCCAGCAGGAGGAGGCGGCCGAGAAGCAGGCUCGGAAGAAGAAGCCCCCAGGCAGGAAGAAACCAGACACACGUGGCAAGACUUUCCACGUGGCCCAGCGCCCCAUGCUCAGCCUAGCGCAAGAGGGCGGGGAAGGGGAGGAGCCUGGCCCCGCCAAGAGAAACUCUGCCCCCUACCUGGAGACCUAUUUCUGAAUGGGUGGGGCGGAGCCUGCCCUAGCAAGAGAGACUCCGCCCCUUGCUGGAGACCUGUUUUGAAUGGCAGGGGUAGAGCCUGCCCCACCAAGAGAGACUCCACCCCCUGCCUGCUCAAUGGAUGGAGAGGAGACAGUGUGGGGCAUCGCAUUGCAGAGGGAAGGGGUCUUGGGCUUAGAGGAUUGAGACUCCCCAGCAUCCGGUAGCGCCGAUCAGCAAGGCCAGAUUCUCGCACAGCCCCCGUCAGUAUUCACACUGGAGCCUAGUGAGUGGAGAACCUGUUCACUGCAAUCUGGCUACUGGUGUCAGCAACACGGACAGUCCGGCCCCUGCCUGGGCCUUGCUCACUCACAUGCACUGCCCGUCCUUUGGCUCUGGGCUUGCCCCUCCUUUGGAGCCCUGACAGAGCAGUCAGUGCCCAGGUGCCAUGGGCACACAGCUCGUUGCCUGAGAUCCAGGCCCCUGGGUACCUCAGCAGCCGCCCUGUGAAUACUGCAGCCUGUGAUCAGAGUGGGGAGGGGGGGCAGAUUGAAAACGUAAAAGGAAAUGAAACUUCCUUCUGGGGUCCCUCCCCCCACCCCCUGAGCUGUGGCCAGGCUGGGGCAUGGGGUUGAUGAGCCACUGCUUGGCAGCUUGUCUGUGUAGAUGGUAUUAAAAGUUCAUCCUGGAGGCAAAGGCCGAUCACAAGUGUUGAAUCAGGAGCCUGUUUGUUCAGGAGACACACUGGGGGAAGGAAAUAGCCCCAGCCCUCUACGCAGCUCUCACCUGGCAAACAACAGGAAUCACUGGGGGAAGGAAAUAUGCCCCGAGGAAGGAAAUAUGCCCCAGGGCAGGAAUGGCAGGAGACUGCUCUGGCCUGGGUCAUGCUGUGGGUCGGGUGGGAGGAUCCCCCAGUGGCUUUCUACCUGGAAGCCAGCUGAGCUAGAAACCUGGACCGCCAGCAGUGAAGGCGCCCUACCCCCAGUGGUGGUCAAAUUGGGGUGGGACUAAGGACCUUCCCUAUCGCCCAGAGGGGUUGGCCUCCCGGUGGGGUCAGUGCUAGGUAGCAGCCCAAGGCUGCAUGAUCCAGUCACAGCAGGGCUGGUAAUUUUUCCACAAAGGGCAGCUAGUAACCAGCUUAGCCCCCUUGUCAGAUUACACUGCCAUAUAUAGACAGGCAGCCACACACCUGCACAGCCCUCCCCCAUGCUAAUCUGGGCCCGCAGGCUGGCCCUCGACACCUGCGUCCCCAGACAGCAUUAACUCU